GGUGGCGCCGGGCAGAUGCUUCCCGCCCGGGGCCCGGCGAUGGCAGCGGGCGGCGGCCUCGCGCUGGGUGUCGCUCGGGCGGGCAGCGUGGUCGUGGGCCCCUGAGAGACGCCUCCCCCUCCAGGGAUGGAAGUCGGGGAGCAGGAGGAGAGCAGGAGAGAACACUGGAAACUGUUGGGUAAUCUGAAGACUACUGUGGAAGGCUUAGUGUCUAUCAACAAUCCCAAUGUCUGGUCUAAAUAUGGUGGCUUGGAGCGGCUUUGCAGGGAUAUGCAUAGCAUCCUAUAUCAUGGUCUCAUCCUGGACAAGGUGCGUCGCCGGCAGACAGACUAUUGGCAGUUUGUGAAGGAUGUGCGUUGGCUGAGCCCGCACGCGGCCCAUCAUGUCGAGAAGUUUCUCCAUCUGCACGAGAACGGGCAGCAGAGUUCUGACGAGGCCAGAAAGCGAACCGUCGCAGAGCUCUGGCUGCAGCACAGCUUGCAAUUCCACUGCCUUUCAGCUCAGCUGAAACCUCUGCUGGGGAACAAGCAGUAUAUCAGGAAAUUCUACACUGACUCAGCUUUUCUGCUGAGCGACGCCCACGUCACUGUCAUGUUGCAGUGCCUAGAAGCUGUGGAGCAGAACAACCCCCGGCUGCUGGCUCAGAUUGACGCAUCUAUAUUUGCCAGGAGAGGCGAGGCCUCUGAGCCCGGGACAAAGAGCCUCACGGCGCUUCUGGGAUCCCUCUCUACCCCUCCUGCCGAAAGCACAGCCCAUCGGCACCUUGGCUCCCUCGCGGGUCUUCCCUCUGCCUCUGCCAGCGUCCAAGACAGGAGAUUAUCAAGCCCUUCAGCAUUCAGUAGCCCCUGCCAGUCUCAAGAAAAUACCCCCUGGGCCUCAGCCCACCAGCAUCUGGAAGGCAGGUGCCCCCAACACCCGGUUCCUCUUCUUCCUCAUCUCAGCAUCUCUGGCCCCAAAGAUGACCACUUCCCAGCUGCUGGCAUGAGCCCUGGCAUCUUGCCCAACGUGAACUCUGACCCCUGGUCUGGAAGCCAGGAUGAGACGGACGGGCCGGAAUAUCUGGCCAUUGGGAAUCUCGGCCGGCAAAGUCAGGAUUGUGACAGCCCCAAUGAAUCUGGCGCCGCCACCUCAAACAGUGCUGGGAGCAGCACUUCCAAUCUGUUUUCAUCCAGCAGCUCUCAGAAGCAGGAGUCGGUUUCCUCCUGGGGGGAGCAGGGAGGCAGCGGCAGCCAGAAAGCAGUGCUGUUGCGCAGGUCCAGCUUCUCCGAGGGACAGACAUCAAGUCUCCAAGGGAAACUCAAAAGGAGUCAUGUGCGCUCCCAUUCAGACACCAACGUGGCUUCUGCAAAAGCUCAUGGAGGGCAGAGGGACAUCAGCAUUAUAAUAGAAGAUCCUGUAGCAGAAUCCAAUGGAGAUAUUUCUCAAUACAAGGGCAACAUGUCCUGUUCUAUGCAGAGUAAAGAUGGAAGCACCUCUGGAUCAGUCUACAUGGAAUAUGACACUGGACAGUACCUGCACUCUGGGGAAGGGAUGUUCCGGAGGCCUUUGGAAGGCCAGUCCCUGAUCAGUUACCUGUCGGAACAAGAUUUCGGCAGCUGCGCAGACUUGGAAAAGGAAAAUGCUCACUUCAGCAUCUCCGAAUCACUUAUUGCUGCUAUUGAGCUGAUGAAGUGCAACAUGAUGAACCGACAGAUGGAAGAGGAGGAGGAAGAAAGCGACAAGGUGAUACAGGACCUCAAGCAGAAGAUCCGUAUCCGCCGGCAACAGAUCCGGACCCGCUACCUCCACCCAGUGUGCCAGGAUUUGGGCUCUGACAGUCUGAAGGCAACAGACAGCGGAUCAUAUUUCAGCUCCCAAGAGUCAACGUGUCCCUCUGACUCAGGUUCUGCAGAAGAGGUGGAUGAGUAUGAGAUCCGAGAUGGAAAUGAAGGAUCCAACCUAAUUCACAUGUCCAAGAGCGACCUGUCCGUCUCAAUGGCCUCAUUGUUUUCAGAUGCAGACAUCAAGAAGAACAGGACUCCAAGCAAAAAGUCCUUCCUUUCCUCUGGUUCCAUGAGUCACCACACCUUCCUCAAUUCGAACUCGGCAGAAGCUGUAGCCAUGGGCUUACUGAAGCAGUUUGAAGGGAUGCAACUGCCUGCAGCCUCGGAACUGGAGUGGCUCGUGCCCGAGCACGAUGCCCCGCAGAAGCUGUUGCCAAUUCCUGAUUCUGUGCCCAUCUCGCCGGAUGAUGGAGAACAUGCAGAUAUUUACAAGCUUCGCAUCCGGGUGCGGGGGAACCUGGAGUGGGCCCCUCCACGCCCACAGAUCAUCUUCAAUAUCCACCCAGCACCAACGAGGAAGGCAGCAGUAGCCAAGCAGAACUACCGCUGUGCUGGCUGUGGGAUCAGGACAGAUUUUGAUUACAUCAAGCGCAUGCGCUACUGUGAAUACCUGGGCAAAUACUUCUGCCAGUGCUGUCACGAGAAUGCUCAGAUGGUCAUUCCAAGCCGCAUCCUUCGCAAGUGGGACUUCAGCAAAUACUAUGUCAGCAAUUUCUCCAAGGACUUGCUGUACAAGAUCUGGAAUGAUCCCCUCUUCAAUGUGCAGGACAUUAACUCUGCCCUCUACCGUAAGGUCAAGCUUCUCAAUCAAGUCAGGCUUUUGAGAAUCCAGCUGUACCACAUGAAGAACAUGUUCAAGACGUGUCGCCUAGCUAAAGGGCUUCUGGAUGCAUUUGAUGCAGUGCCGGGUCACCUGACAGAGGACCUUCACCUCUAUUCCUUAAAUGACCUAAGCGCCACCAAGAAGGGAGAGCUUGUUCCCCGCUUGACGGAGCUCCUCCGGGUGGGAGAACUACAUGUUGAGAGAUGCAUGCUGUGCCAAGCGAAGGGCUUCAUCUGUGAAUUCUGCCAGAAUGAGGACGACAUCCUCUUUCCCUUUCAGCUGAAUAAAUGCAGGACGUGUGAAGAGUGCAGAGCUUGCUAUCAUAAGGGCUGCUUCCGGUCAGGGCCCUGCCCCAAAUGCGCACGACUGCAAGCGCGGCGGGAGCUUCUGGCAAAGCAGAGCAUGGAAGCAGACCUCUCAGACUACGAGCAGGAGGAGGGCGUGGUGGGAGCAGCCACGUGACGGUCGAGGAGCUGCAGAUUGGCGUGUGGCCUCUGUAUCCCAAGACUGAACUGAGGAUGAAGCCGGACAGACUCUCCCGCUGCUCGGAAGCCAAAGCAACGGAGGAUCUUCACGACUUGGCGCUGGGAAGCGAACUUUCUUUUCUUCCUGGAUGUGAGCACCGGAGAAUUGGCUUUUGUUACCAACUUGAAUGCACUAUAAAAAGGGAUUUUCCUUUCUACCAGAAAGGCAGAGCAGAGGGCUUGGCGUGUGCCCAGACUUGACAGCAGGACUUCGCUCCGUCCCAUAUGGGGGAAGCUGAUGAUGGGCUUUCUGGAGACUGAGCUUCCUGACAGGAUCCGGCCACACUCGUGAAAGGGAAAAUUAACCCUCUUGCGUGGUUUUACUUGCUGUAUUGGUUGCUGUGUGCCAGAUGAGGCCAUUUUUAUUUAAUUUUUCUUUGGACAACCCUCUGCCUCAAAUUCUCUAUCCUUCCUUGCUAAACGUCACUCCCCUAGCUCCCAUUUUGUGUGAUUUGGCAGGAGAGCCAGGAAGGAAGACAAGUAUUAGGCUUCUCCUUUUCAAUCUUGGGAGAUUGUUGGCAGAGAAACUGAGUUGAUAGCCAGAAUGGCAAACCUGGAUUCUUGGGUAGGGGGGGGGCUGAAGGGACUAGAGGCAUUUCCCAACUCUUUAAAAGGAUCUGUGUGUGAGAACACACCACACCCCCUCUUUCUUCUCCCUGUUUGAAUGGUCUUUCUAAUAAGAGUAACAAGGUUUGCUAACUUGUAGAAUGGACGAUGCUCCAGUGGGAUGCACAAAGCCAGAGGAAAAUUAGUGUUUUUCCUAACAGGAAGAUACCUUGGCAAUAGCCUGACUCCUCCAGCUGUUUCAGGCUGCAGCUUCUAUCCUCAGCCAUCAUGGCCAUUUGAGGAGGGGCGUUGUAGCCCCACACAGCUGGAGCAAGGGGGCAGGCUCAGAGGUCUGCUCUAAGAGGCUCCUUGCAGCAGAGAGGGAUGGGGUUCCAGGUGCCUGGCAGAGGCGUCUUUGGUCCCAGUGCUGCUCUGCCCUCCCUCCCAUUUGUUGUUUGAAAUAUUUGGCCCAAGGCCCUGGUAGGUUGAGAAGUGAGAUGGGAGGGUGCCUUCCGUUGUUUGGAGGCCUCUGGCUGGCCAUGUUGGGACUUCUGGCAGGUUGCACAGCCAUUCCUAAGUGAUCCCCCUGGGGACUCUGGCAGGGCUGAGAAACCAUAGUUAUAAUCUCACUCAGGAGCAGAAUUUUAGGAAGGCUGGAGAUUCCUAAGGCAAAUCUGUGGAGAUGUUCUGCCCCGAUUUACAAGCGUUCUGCAAGGGGUACAGUUUCAUUUGAAUUUAAGGGAGCUCAUCCGUCCUCGUUUCGGCUCUGACCUAAACUGCAGAAUGGUUUGCUGUUUGGGGGCCUCUGAUUCCGUUGUUUGGGCAGUGUUUCCCUUUCCCUUAAACCAGUGUUCUUCAAACUUGGCAACUUUAAGGGCUGUGGAACUCCCAGAAUUCCCCAGCCAGCCUGUGGAAGUCCACACAUCUUAAAGUUGCCGAGUUUGAAAAGCACUGCCUUAAACCAUUAAGACAUUUAAUCCGUGAUGCUUUUCAUCUUACAGUAAGGUUCUUUGAUCAUUGUCAGAAAGGUGCACUAACCAUUUCUGCCUUGACACUGAUUCAAGCAGUUUUCCUAGAGCAAAGCUUCCAUGCACCACAGCCACCAUCUCUGUGGCUAGGGAUGGUGGAGGUCAGUUCAAAGCAUCUGAAUGUUCAAAGCUUUCUCUAUAGAUUCCAGUAGCUCUCCUCCCCCCGCACCAUCUUCACAAUCUUUCCUCCAGAUCAGAGCAAUAGUCCAACAGACUUGCUCAGUUUCUCCAACAGUGUGAGCUGCUCUUCUGCUGCUCUCUCUGCUGCUCUGUGUGCUCUAUGUUGUAACAUGCUUGAGACCAAGCAUAACCCGUGACUCGCUGAGCUACCAAAAGCCCUGUGAGCAGGAAAAUACAGGGACAAAACAUACCAGGCCUGACCCACAUUUGGGCUAGUGUGACUUUUCGGUGUGCAAAAUUUGAUCUUUCUGCAAGCAUCCCAUUUUGCUCCUCCUUGCUCUGGCCUCAAACCCACGGUUGGAAAGCGAGUCACAGGUUUGACUGCGUGUGUAACUUCAUAACUUGGUUGCCUCCUGCCAUUCCUCAUGGAAAGUCAACUACUUCCUUAUCGAUGGCAGCCAAGUAUCUUGGAGUAGAUGAUGGGUCUGAAUUUCCAGUGCAGGGAAAGAAAAUCAGUAUAUCAGAAGACGGAGGGCAGUCCUCUACCCUGGAAAAUCUCUGGUGGGACAUAAUGUCCCUUUUUGCCCACGCUGGAGCUCUCCUAGAACUUCCUAGAAUAGUGUUCUGGGUUGGAAACCCCCCCUUUCUUCCCACCUCAAAAGUGCUCAUUUGGAUUCCUGCUGAAAGCUGCAGCUGUCCCUCACAAUAUGUUUGAACCUCAGAUGUCUGCAUCACCCUGCUGUCUGUUGCAAAGGAAUCGCUGGUUUUUUGAAUGUGCAAAAGGGUUGGCGUGGUGUUGUCUAAAGGUGGAAAUACAUUCUCCUAAGCUUGUAAUCAGGGCUAGCAGAAGGUGGAAUUCUUGGCAUAGUUAAGUGUUAUCAAACUAGCAUUUCCUCAAAGCAACAUUUUUUACUUUACUUUUUAACUGUACAGGAUGUGUUAGGAGUAGGGUGAAAGCCAGUUAGAAGAGACCUGGAAGUGAAGGUUAUGAAUUUUUUAAAAUUAUGACACUGAUGGACCCAGCUCUAAUGGAACAUCCUGCCUCUUAUAAGGCGUUGCUUGAGUGAAGACCAUUUUCCCUACCCCAGGAUCACGACCUUUAUGGCUGCUUUCUUCUGAGGCUUAAGGACCACAAGCUCCUGCUGGAUCCAAAUCAGUGUUUCUCAACCUUGGCAACUUGAAGAUGUGUGGACUUCAAUUCCC